AUGUUAUCUCAUAGUACCAUGGUGAAGCAGAAGAAGCAGCAAGCAUCUGCCAUCAUGAAGGAAAUCCAUGGAAAUGAUGUGGAUGGCAUGGACUUGGGCAAAAAAGUCAGCAUCCCCAGAGACAUCAUGUUGGAAGAAUUAUCCCAUCUCAGUAAUCGUGGUGCCAGACUGUUUAAGAUGCGUCAAAGAAGAUCUGAUAAAUACACAUUUGAAAACUUCCAGUAUGAAUCUAAAGCACAGAUAAACCACAACAUUGCUAUGCAGAAUGGGAAACUAGAUGGAAGCAAUCUGGAAGGUGGUUCACAGCAAGCCCCCUUAACUCCUCCCAAUACCCCAGAUCCACGAAGCCCUCCAAAUCCAGAGAACAUUGCACCAGGAUAUUCUGGGCCACUGAAGGAAAUUCCUCCUGAGCGAUUCAACACCACAGCUGUGCCCAAGUACUACCAGUCUCCUUGGGAACAGGCCAUGGGCAGUGAUCCGGAGCUCUUAGAAGCUUUGUACCCUAAACUUUUCAAGCCAGAAGGAAAGGCAGAGCUGCCUGAUUACAGGAGCUUUAACAGGGUUGCCACCCCAUUUGGAGGUUUUGAAAAAGCAUCAAAAAUGGUUAAAUUCAAAGUUCCAGAUUUUGAGUUACUACUGCUAACAGAUCCUAGGUUUAUGGCCUUUGCCAAUCCCCUCUCAGGCAGACGGUCCUUUAAUAGGACUCCAAAGGGCUGGAUAUCUGAGAAUAUUCCUGUAGUGAUAACAACUGAACCUCCAGAGGACACCACUGUGCCAGAAUCAGAAGACCUCUGAAAAUAACGUUGGACACGACACCCGGUGUAUACAAGUCACUUUCACUAUCUCACUGGCAACUUUCAUUUUACGGCAUUAAAUUUCAACCUCAGCUCAAUGAACUAAUGAACAAUUAAAUUCUUAUUUACAAAA